UAUGUCAAUAGGCAGCUCGUUGGGAUUCAUUGGCGCUCCAUCGCAGGGAUUAUAUAAAUUCGUUUCUGUAUUGUGGCCUUAUUGAGUGUCGGCGGGUGCGUGCUGCUUUGACUUUCAUACAACAUUGUCGUCAAUUAGAUCGUGUCGCGACGUCGCGCUUCACUGACCGCCGGGGAAAUAUCGUCUCCACAGAGAUAGAUUACCCAUAUUAUAAAUCGAAUGUUGUAAUAAUAAUAACUAUCAUCGAUGCAUUGAAUAACAGCAAGAUUAGUUUAGAUUAGUAGCAAGUUGCAACAUUCUUUACCAUGUCUGUGCAACAUUUACUUGCUUAUUUAUAAAAUCGGAAUGCAUGCUUUUACAGUUUGAUUUAAUGUUGCGAAGAGUAAUUUAUCAUGUGAAAACUUUGUACUCAUGUCGAAAAAUGUUUGGCAUUAGAUCAGAAAUAAUAUCAAUUGCUCCACUAGAUAACUCUACCGGUUCGGUUGUAGGACGCGUUAUCUUGAGCGAUAUGAGCUCCCCCAAUUUGUGCUGUUUCACAACCGUCAUAACUUUUUUCUUAUCUAAGAAUGCAAUUGCAAUGCAUUCAUCGUUAUCGCAAGUAGUCGUUGACAGUUGCCGAAAUAAAUGAGACCUACAAUUAGUGAGAGUAUUGCAGAAUUUAAGUUUAUCUGUUGUUGAGCUUAUCUAAAUUCCUGUGGUUGGUUUCCUUAGGGCCAGUGGCGAGUAGCGUUAGUGUGCCAUCGUCCCCGGCGCAGGCGCUACUGCUGGUCAUCGGCCCCACAGGGCUCAGGGCAGCGCGGAGACGGUCGCGGGCACGCCGGGCGCGGACGCGGGCACCAUGAAGGGCGCGGAGGGCACGGCGGAGGAGCAGGAGCGGCUGGCCACCGGCAACAACAAUGGCUCGCUGGACUGCAAGCUGCCGCCGCCGCGCACCGCCUUCCACUCCACGCACAUGUUCAUGCUGGUGUUCCUGUCGGGCUGGGUGCUGCAGGGCAUGUUCCUCACGUACUUCGUGAGCAUCACCACCACUCUGGAGAAGCUGUACAAGGUGGAGUCGAAGACGACGGGCACGCUGCUGGCGGCCACGGAGAUCGGGCAGAUCUGCACGGCGCUGUUUCUGACGUACCUGGCGGGGCGCGGGCACCGGCCGCGCUGGAUCGCCGCCAUGAUGCUGGUGCUGGCGGUGGGCGUGGUGGGCUGCGCCGUGCCGCACGCGCUGUACGGCGGCCGCCUGCUGGACGUGCACCUGGACGCACACCGCGCCGGGCCGGCUCCCACGUGCCACACGCCGUACAACGCCACCUGCGACGCGGCGCACGAGUCGUCCAACGAGGCGCGCUCGUCCAUCGCGGCCGUCAUGCUGCCGUGGCUGUUCGUGUGCCUGCUGAUCGUGGGCGUGGGGCAGACCGGCAUCGCCACGCUCGGCAUCCCCUACGUCGACGACAACGUCGGCAGCCGACAGUCGCCGCUCUAUAUGGCAAUAACGAUCGGCAUCCGCGUGAUCGGGCCGGCGCUGGGCUUCCUGCUGGGCGCGCUGUGCACCGCCGUGUACGUGGACCCGCUGCACGACCCCGGCUACGCCUCAGACGACCCGCGCUGGGUCGGCGCCUGGUGGCUCGGUAUGGUGUUCAUUUCCGGCUUCGUGGUCCUGCUGUCGGCGCUAAUGUUCCUCUUCCCGAAGCACAUCAAGCAGCAGCAGGUGGCGCUACCCCCGCCGCCCAAGAAGACAGCGGAGAAGAGCGAACCCAUGUUCAAAGACUUCUUCACGACGAUCAAGCGGCAGCUCACCAACGACAUCCUGAUGUGGCGCACGGCGUCGUCGGUGCUGCACCUCAUGCCCAUCAGCGGCGUCUACAGCUUCCUGCCCAAGUACCUCGAGAAGGAGUUCAAGCUGCCCACGCAUGACGCCAACCUUGUCUCGGGCACUGGCGGUAUCUUAGUGAUGGGUCUGGGAAUCAUCACGUCGGGCGUGGUGAUCCUGAAGCUGGUGCCGACCGCGCGGCAAGUGGCCGCGUGGACCGCCAUCACUGCCGCUAUUUAUAGCUUUGGCAUGAUAAUGCUGAUGUUCGUGAGCUGCCCCGAGGAGAACUACCGCUACCUGGGCCCGGGCGGGCUCAACUCCUCGCUGGCCUGCAACAGCGCCUGCGACUGCGCCGGGAUGCCCUACAACCCCAUCUGCGGACAGGAUUCCUUCACGUACCUGUCCCCAUGCCAGGCGGGCUGCCAGAGCAGCAUGCCGCUGGACAACGGCAGCUCGUGGCUCUACUACAACUGCUCCUGCAUAGAUAACACCGUGCGCGGGGAGAAGGCUAUUAACACCAUCCUCCGCUACAACUCGACCACGUCGUUCGACCCGAUCUUCCCCGGCCCCUCGGGGUUCGCGGUGUCGGGCGAGUGCGGCGGCCCGUGCCGGCAGAUCUACGUGUUCAUCGCGAUAUUCGCCGCGCUCAUGUUCGUGCACGCCAGCGGCGAGGUCGGCUCCGUGCUGCUCAUCAUACGCUGCACGGAUAAGAUGGACAAAGCGAUGGCGAUGGGCGUGAUCCAGUUCGCCAUCGGCGUGUUCGGCAACGUGCCGUGUCCGGUGGUGUUCGGCGCGUGCAUCGACGCGGCGUGCCGGCUGCGCGACUCGCUGUGCGGCGUGUUCGGCUCCUGCGUCUCUUACAACAACCAGGCCUUGAGAUACAACUUCUUAGGUCUAUCAGCCGGCCUCAUGUGCCUCGCCUUCAUAAUGGACAUGCUAGUAUGGAAGGCGGCGUCUCGCAUCGACAUGAACCCCGAGGACGAGGACCUGCCCGCGCCCGACGCCGCCCCCCUCGCGCCCCUCCCCGCCCCAGCGCCCGCCUCCGACACGCAGCUGUGACACACGGCGUACGAGAGCCAUUUCUAAACGUUCCAAUUUUGAAACGACAUGAACAUUUUUAGGCAGAAUGUGACUAGCGUUUGUGGGUUUCUGGACGUUCCACUUUUGAAACCGUGAACAUUUUUAGCCGGAACUGUGACUAUUUGAGGGCCAUUUCUAAACGUUCCACGCAAGACGCCAUGUAGGAUGUAGGUGGAUUGAUUGUUUUUU